CCAGCAGACGGAUCGCGACUGCGCAUCUGGAAGUACAAAGGAUUUGAGUCGAUAGGGGCCAGUAAGAGUGGUACAUAGUUGUCUGAGACCGAUAUCUACCUGUACUGGCAAAGCAGAGAAACGCCGUAUUAUGUUUGUACAGUGAAGGAUAUCACAGACACCACUGGAGCGAUAUUUCUCUUGGUGAAUAGUUGCCUUCUCACUGGAACAAAAUGACUAUGAAAACAACCAGCAACUUUUAUCGCUUAGUCUUAAAAGUAACCUUGCUCCAAAUCAUCUGGGUCCAGCAGACUUUAGCAGCACCGACUGGCAUAGUCAAGUUUCCAGGUGAUAACAGCACGAAGACAGACAAGGAAAUAGCCGCUUUAUACUUGAAUAAAUUCUACGGCUGCCCGAAAGAAAGGUGUGAUCUUGUGGUGCUGUCAGACACACUGAAGAAGAUGCAGAAAUUUUUUGGAUUGCCACAGACUGGAGAACUGGACAGUGAGACAGUCAAUGUGAUGAAGAAACCGCGAUGUGGAGUUCCUGACGUGGCCAAUUACAACUUCUUCCCACAGAUGCCCAAAUGGGAGAAUAAGCAAAUAACUUACAGGAUUUUGGGAUACACCUACGAUCUGGACUCUGAGACAGUGGAUGAUGCUUUCGCUCGGGCCUUUCAGGUAUGGGCUGCCGUGACACCACUGAAAUUUUCAAGGAUCUUCGAUGGAGAAGCGGACAUCAUGAUCAACUUUGGUCGUUGGGAGCAUGGUGAUGGAUAUCCAUUUGAUGGGAAGGAUGGGCUACUUGCACAUGCUUUUGCCCCAGCAACAGGAAUUGGUGGUGAUUCUCAUUUUGAUGAUGAUGAGUUCUGGACGUUGGGUGAAGGACGAGUUGUUAAGACAAAGUUUGGGAAUGCAGAAGGGGAAUUUUGCAAAUUUCCUUUUCUGUUUAAUGGUAAGGAAUACCAUAGUUGCACCACAGAAGGCCGUAGUGAUGGCUUCCCAUGGUGUUCCACAACUUAUAAUUUUGAUGCAGACGCAAAAUAUGGAUUCUGUCCUCAUGAAUUGCUUUUUACAAUGGGAGGAAAUGCUGGUGGAGAGCCAUGCUCAUUUCCUUUCACCUUUGAAAACAGGCAGUACGAUAGCUGCACAACAGAAGGAAGAUCGGAUGGCUACCGGUGGUGUAGCACAACUAGCAAUUAUGAUGCAGACAGAAAAUAUGGAUUCUGUCCAGACCAAGCCAUGUCAACAAUUGGAGGAAACUCAGAUGGUUCACCUUGUGUAUUUCCUUUCACUUUCCUUCGGAAAACAUAUGAUUCCUGCACAAGCAGCGGGCGUAAUGAUGGCCUAUUGUGGUGUGCAACCACUGGAAACUAUGAUGAGGACAGCAAGUGGGGCUUCUGCCCUGAUAGUGGCUACAGUCUUUUCCUUGUUGCUGCUCAUGAAUUUGGUCAUGCACUUGGUUUGGAGCAUUCCCAAGAUCCUGGAGCUUUAAUGGCCCCAAUCUACACCUACACCAAAAACUUCAGGCUUUCAAACGAUGACAUUCUCGGCAUUCAAAAACUUUAUGGUGCACCAACUGAUAAACCCUUGCCACCAACACAGGGUCCUGUCACUCCUAUGAACCUUUGUGAGGAGACCUUGAUUUUUGACGGAAUUACACAUAUCAGAGGAGAAACUUUCUUCUUUAAAGAUCGAUUCUUGUGGAGAACCAGAAAUCCCCGGUCAAAACCCCUGGGACCAAUGCUAGUUGCUACUUACUGGACUGAUCUGCCUGAAAAAAUUGAUGCUGCCUAUCAGGAGCCUGUAACUGACAAAGCUGUAUUCUUUGCAGGUGAUCAGCACUGGCUUUACACUGCCAGUGACCUGGAGAGUGGAUAUCCCAAGAAAAUCUCCACACUUGGGCUACCAGAUGAUUUGCCACACAUUGAUGCAGUUUUUAACUGGAAGAAAAACAAGAAGACUUACAUCUUUGCAGGUGACAAGUUUUGGAGAUACAAUGAAGUGAAGAAAAAGAUGGAUCCUGGAUUCCCUAAGCUAAUUGCAGAUGCCUGGAAUGGCAUUCCAGAUAAUUUGAAUGGUGCCCUUGAGUCUCUUGAGAAUGGACAUACCUACUUUUUCAAGGAUUGGUACUACCUCCAAAUGGAAGACCAGAGCUUGAAGAUUAUUAAAGUAGGAAAUGUGAAAACUGACUGGCUCGGUUGUUAGAAUAAACAUGUUUUUAUCACUUAUAUUUUUUUUUGCCAAAUAGUCAUGUGUCUUACCUGUAAGUUAUUGUUAAAGUGACAAAUAUAACUUUGUCUCAUGAUUGUACCAUUAAGCUUGGAAUUUUAUACCAAGACCAAAUACAACAGUAUUAUACCCAGCUUUGCUAUUGAAACAAUAUUUUUAGGUCAGUCUUUUCAUUAUUCUGUGAGAACUAAAGAAAAAGUGGUGAAGGCACAGGUUGCCUGAAGUAUUGAUUUGUGUAGUGCGAUGGAAUUAUAAUGAAAACCAAUUAUUUAAAUAUUUGAAAAUGCUUUCUGAACUUGACUGGUAUAAUUUUUAAACAUGGGCCACAUUUAUUUCUUUUAAAAUACAGGAAAUGCUUUAAACAAAUCUCAGUUAGUUUUGCAGCUUUGUGUUCUAUGCAGUGAUAUUGUUGAUCAUUGUGUGUCCUUAUCAGUAAAUCUGCUUUCUCCACACUGACAGUAUGGAAACAUCAUCAUAACCAAUAAAGUGAAAUAAUCAGCUAUCAAAAAUAGGUCAUGGUUAGUACUUUUUAGGAAAAAGAAAUGUCAUGGAUUGCUGAAAAUAACCAAAAUCAGGAUACUGGUGCUAACUGAUAUUUCUCAACAAUACCAUUGUGGAGGAGAAUACUUAGCAAUACAGCAGUUUCUGUAGUACAAAAUAUUAUUAAAACAUUGUCAACUUUCAAGAAGCACUGGUGUUUCAACUUCAGAUUUUCAAAUUUUACAGUGUUAACUACAAAGCUACAAAGUUUGUGAUAUUUUGAAGCAAUCUUGUACUAAUUUUACUUUUCUUCUUAAAUUUGAUAUUCAAUAAAUUUGUCUUAAUGA